GAGGAAUCAACAGCCGCCAUCUUGACGCGGCUCGGAAUCGGGAUUUCGGGGGGAGCAUUAAUUUUAAAAACCGAUCCGAGCCACUCAGACGGACCCGAAACGGCUUUUUUCCGCGCUGGGAACCGACGUGUUGGUUCUGCCGACGAGAUUUGACGCAAACAUGUGAGGAUUACUCGGCUUUUUAUCGUCUCCACAGCCCGCUGUAUAUUUGAUUUCCCUUUUAGAGAGCGCCGCUUCUCGCCGUACCCUCCGCCGCGAGUCGCUGUAUUUACCGGGAGACAGCGACGAGAAAAAUAAUCCGGCUCAUAGAAAAUAUUUCUUGAAUUUUGCUCUUUUUAUUUAAGCCCGGGUCCGAUUUUAUGGCCGCUCGCUUCGACUGCGAAAAAGAUGAUUUCGCACCGACGCGAAACCGGCGAUCUGCGGGCGAAGGGAUUUUCUUACGCCCCGUGUGAUAUUUUAUGAUCGCCGUUUAUUUAUUGUCCUCGAAGCGAAAUAAUUUUUCGGACGCGAUUGUUGAGGAUAAUUAUGUGGGUGUUGGGUGUUGGAUUAUCAUGGGGUGAUCUUCGGCAGCGGAGCGUGGCGCUGUUGCCUUCCUUUUGAAGCCUCUUCUCUCCGGGCAGCGUUUCUCCAGUCUUGUCAGUCAAGAAAGAGGGAAAGAAAGAAGAAAAAAAAAAAGAACAACAGUAAAAUUGCUCUGUUUCGAGCAACGUUGGGGGAAAAAGUUCCCAGUUUUCCAGGAGCCACAAAGUUGGACUGUUAUUUCCCUGCAUCAUCAUCCGCCUCCGAUAACACGAGGAUGGCUGACAAUCUGCUGGAUGUCGGACCCCCCACUGCAAAGCGACCCAAGCUCAACUCACCUCUCUCGGGAUCGGACGGCCCAGAUCUUGUGUCUCUGUUUGACCUGGAAAACAACCUUCCAGACGAACUCAUUCCUAAUGGAGACUUGGGGAUGGGGAUGUCCUCCAACGGGGGCCCAGGUGGAGGGGGUCCUAGUCUCAACUCCAUCGUUCCAGAUGCAGCCGCAAAACACAAGCAGCUGUCUGAGCUCCUGCGACCGGGAAGUUCUUCUAUCUUGGGAGCCAGCCCCCAACAGGGAGGCAUGGUGGGAAGUCAGCUUGGCGCUGUACUUGGUAAAAGUCCACUGGGGCAGGGCUCCCCCAAUCACCAGUCUCCCCAGGGCCAGAAAGGAGUUGCUGCAGCUGGACAAGGCAAUGGAACCACAGCCAUGGGCUUCAAUCAGGCCAUGUUGAACAGUGGGCAGGGUCACGGGGUCAUGAGCCAGACUGGACAGGUGAUGAACGGGGGUCUGGGACCAGCAGGCCGGGGGAGAAUGCAGUACCAGGGCCAGGGUCUGCAGGGGGCACAAGUGGGUGCUGGACCCGGUGUUGGAGGCAGUGUGCUGGCAGAGACCCUCACUCAAGGAGGGCCACAGUUGGGUGCACACAACGUGUUGAAUGCUCAGCAAGCAGCAAACAUGAAGAUGGGGAUGUCGGGUGCUCCAUUUGGCCAGCAGUAUGGUCAGGCUGGAGUGCAGCAGAUGGGGGCAACGGGGGUCAACGCCCAACAACUCCAGAACAAGACGGCCCUUUCAAACAACCUGCCUCAAUUCCCUGCUGAGCUGAAGGGAGCUGGGAGUGUGCCAAACAUGUCCCAGUCUCAGAUGCAGCAGGUAGCGUCGGUGGGCAUGGUCCCCGGGGCUGGAGUGUCAGCAGGCCCAACGGCCGACCCCGAGAAGCGCAAACUCAUUCAGCAGCAGCUGGUCCUGCUGCUCCACGCACAUAAGUGCCAGCGGCGGGAGCAGGCUAACGGGGAGGUGAGGGCCUGCACUUUGCCCCACUGCCGCACCAUGAAGAACGUCCUCAACCACAUGACCCACUGCCAGGCUGGCAAGUCCUGCCAGGUGGCUCACUGUGCAUCAUCCAGACAGAUCAUCUCCCACUGGAAGAACUGUACGAAGCACGACUGCCCGGUCUGCCUUCCUUUGAAAAACGCAAGUGACAAGAGGAACCAGCAGCCCAUGCUAAAUUCACCUGGAGCUAGCCUGCAGAAUGCCAUCAGCACAGUUGGACCUGGCCAGCCUAGCGCCACAGCCAUCAACAGUGCUGCCACGCACAUCGACCCCAGCUCCAUGCAGAGGGCCUAUGCUGCCCUGGGCCUGCCGUAUGGGAACCAGUCCCCUGCUCAGGUCCCAGGACAGGGUCCAUCUCAACAAAACCCGCAGGGUUCCCAGCACCAGCAGCUGCGAAAUAUGAACACACUAGGCACUAAUCAGAUGAACCAGAUGGCAGGAGGCAUGGGUGUCCCCUCUUCAGACCAGACUGGCAUGCACUCCGACUCCUCUCUGCCCUCUUCACUCAACAAUCAGCUGAUGCCAGAUGGGUCAGUAGCAGGAGGCAUGGGAAACCUGCCCGCUGCCACCCCUCUCUCUGCUUCGGGGAUAAGGAAGGCCUGGCAUGAACACGUCACUCAGGACCUGCGCACCCACCUGGUGCACAAACUAGUACAAGCCAUAUUCCCGACCCCAGACCCUGCAGCACUGAAAGACCGACGGAUGGAGAACCUGGUGGCUUAUGCACGCAAGGUUGAGGGUGACAUGUAUGAGUCGGCUAACAGCAGGGACGAGUAUUACCACUUCCUGGCAGAAAAAAUUUACAAGAUCCAGAAGGAACUGGAGGAGAAGAGGCGCUCACGGCUCCAGAAACAGCCCAGCAUGUCGGGCACAGGUGGACCUCCGCAGCCUGGUAUGGGUCAGCCCAACACCAUGGGACCAGGACAGGCUGUCCGGCCUCCCAAUGGACCUGUGCCUAUGCCCAACAUGCCAAAUCAGAUAAUGAAUCGAAUGCAGGUGCCCCAAGGAAUCAAUCAAUUUAACCCAAUGGCAAUGCAGAAUGCGCAGAUGUCUCAGGCACCCAUGGGAGCACGUGCUCCCUCCCCCAUGAACCAUCCACAGCAGAUGAACAUGAGCUCCGUCCCCCCGAUGGGCAUGUCCCCAUCAAGGAUGCCUCAGACACAAGGAAUGAUGGGUGGUCAUGCGAAUAACAUGGUUGCCCAGCCAGCCAACCAGAGCCAGUUCCUGCCACAGGGCCAGUUUCCUGCAGCUGCAGGUGGAGGAAUGAAUGUGAAUGUAGGCUUGGGCCAGCCUAUAACACAGGCUGCUGUCACUCAGAAGCCUCAGAACUCGAACCUCCCUCUGAAUGCACUGGGCUCCCUUGGCCCGCAGCUGCCCUGUGGCCCUGCAGCCCAGCCCACCAGGGGUGCAACUCCUCCACAUAAUCCUUCUGCUGGCCUGCAGCCUCAGCAGCAGCAGCAGCCUCAACAGCAGCAGCAACAGCAGCAGCAACAGCAGCAGCAGUUGCACCAACACCAUGCUCCUGCGCAGUCCCAGGUGCUAUCCCAGCCCUCUACCCCUGCCUCCACGGGUGGGCCCUCCCGUACCCCAACCCACAUACCCAGCAUCCCUGGUCCCCUCUCAGCUAUGGGCACACCCCCUGACCCAUCCCAGCCGCUCACGCCCCUGCAGCCCCAACCUGAAGCCCCCAGCCAAAUGCAGCAGCCCACCUCAGUGAAGGCACAGCACCCCAGUACACCGGCAGCAGCCAGUAUAGAUAACCGAGUAGCCACCCCAGGUUCUGUGGCUGAGCUGAGCUCGCAGAAGGGCCUGUCUGACAUGAGCGGCACCGAAGCCAAACCUGAAGUAAAAGAUGAAGAAGAUGACAACACCUCUGGGAAGAAGCAGACUAAUAUAAAAAUGGAGCCGGAUGAUGAAACCAAACCCCUAGUGGUGAAGAAGGAGGAGCCAGAGGCAGCAGAGCCAAAGCAGGAACCAAUGGAGACUGAGGAGAAGAAGCCGGUGAUUAAGACAGAACCCAAAGAAGAGGAGGAAAGCGGGGCCAACAGCACGUCAGCCGCCUCCACCGCUCAGAACCGCAAAAAAAUUUUCAAGCCAGAGGAGCUGAGACAAGCCCUAAUGCCGACACUUGAGGCCCUCUACAGGCAGGAUCCAGAGUCGCUGCCCUUCAGACAACCUGUAGACCCCACGCUACUGGGCAUCCCUGACUACUAUGACAUUGUGAAGAAUCCCAUCGACUUAUCCACUAUCAAGCGUAAGCUGGACACCGGUCAGUACCAGGAGCCUUGGCAGUAUGUGGACGACGUGUGGCUCAUGUUCAACAAUGCCUGGUUGUACAACCGUAAGACAUCCCGUGUUUACAAGUACUGCACUAAACUGGCAGAAGUGUUUGAAGCCGAGAUUGACCCCGUCAUGCAGGGCCUGGGCUACUGCUGUGGCAGGAAGUACGAGUUCUCACCCCAGACGCUGUGUUGCUAUGGCAAACAGUUGUGUACCAUCUCCAGGGAUGGCACCUACUUCAGCUACCAGAACAGGUAUCACUUCUGUGAAAAGUGCUUCAAUGAGAUCCAGGGCAACAGUGUGACUCUGGGAGACGACCCGGCACAGCAACAGACCAAGAUAUUGAAAGAUCAGUUUGAAAAGAAGAAAAACGACAUGUUGGACUCUGAGCCGUUCAUUGAAUGUAAAGACUGUGGACGAAAGAUGCAUCAGAUCUGCGUGCUGCACCAUGAAAUCAUUUGGCCAUCAGGUUUUAUCUGUGACAACUGUCUAAAGAAGUCCAAUAAAACAAGAAAGGAAAACAAGUUUGCAGCCAGAAUUGGUAAAGGAUUGCAGUCCACAAGGCUGGGAACCUACAUUGAGGACAGAGUUAAUAAGUACUUGAAAAGGCAGAACCACCCAGAGGCCGGGGAGGUGUUUGUGCGAGUGGUGGCCAGCUCUGACAAAAAUGUGGAGAUUAAGCCUGGCAUGAAGUCUAGGUUUGUAGACUCAGGCGAGAUGGUGGAGACCUUCCCUUACAGAACCAAAGCACUUUUUGCAUUUGAGGAAAUAGACGGCGUGGACGUUUGUUUCUUCGGCAUGCACGUCCAGGAGUACGGCUCAGAGUGCCCCUUUCCAAAUACCAGACGGGUUUACAUAUCAUACCUUGACAGUAUUCACUUCUUCAAACCACGGUUGCUAAGGACUGCAGUGUACCAUGAGAUCUUAAUAGGCUACCUGGAGUAUGUGAAGAAACUGGGGUAUGUGAUGGGUCACAUCUGGGCCUGCCCACCCAGCGAGGGAGAUGACUACAUUUUCCACUGUCACCCUCUGGACCAGAAGAUCCCUAAACCCAAGAGGCUUCAAGAGUGGUACAGAAAGAUGCUGGACAAGGCGUUCGCUGAGAGGAUCCUACACGAUUACAAGGACAUUUUCAAACAGGCAACAGACGACAGACUGACCAGUGCCUACGAGUUGCCGUAUUUUGAGGGUGACUUCUGGCCUAAUGUUCUUGAGGAGAGCAUCAAGGAGCUGGAGCAAGAGGAGGAGGAGAGGAAGAAGGAGGAGAACACGGCCUCCUGUGAGGUACCCGAGGGAACCCCGACUGACAGCAAGAAUGCCAAAAAGAAGAAUAACAAGAAAACCAACAAAAACAAGAGCAGCGUCAGCCGAGCCAAUAAGAAGAAGCCUGGGAUGCCGAAUGUAGCUAAUGACCUGUCCCAGAAGCUCUACGCCACGAUGGAGAAACACAAGGAGGUAUUUUUUGUCAUCCACCUCCAUGCUGGGCCAGUCAUUAACACCCUGCCGCCCAUAAUGGACCCGGACCCUCUGUUGACCUGUGACCUAAUGGAUGGCCGUGAUGCCUUUCUGACUUUAGCCAGGGACAAGCACUGGGAGUUCAGUUCUCUGAGGAGAUGCAAAUGGAGUACAAUGUGCAUGUUGGUGGAGCUGCAUAACCAGGGCCAGGACCGCUUUGUGUACACUUGCAAUGAAUGCAAGCACCAUGUGGAGACUCGCUGGCACUGCACCGUCUGCGAGGACUACGACCUAUGCAUUAACUGCUACAACGUUAAGGGCCAUGAGCACCAGAUGGUGAAGUGGGGCUUGGGUUUAGACGACGACAGCAACAGUCAGGGUGGAGAGGCCUCCAAGAGCCCGCAGGAGAGCCGGCGUCUCAGCAUCCAGCGCUGCAUCCAGUCCCUGGUCCAUGCCUGUCAAUGCCGCAAUGCAAACUGCUCUCUGCCUUCAUGCCAGAAGAUGAAGAGGGUGGUUCAACACACCAAGGGCUGCAAGCGCAAGACGAAUGGUGGCUGCCCUGUCUGCAAGCAGCUCAUUGCUUUAUGUUGUUAUCACGCCAAGCACUGUCAGGAGAACAAGUGUCCUGUUCCCUUCUGUCUCAACAUCAAGCACAAACUCCGUCAGCAGCAGCUGCAGCAUAGGCUCCAUCAGGCUCAAAUGAUGCGCCGCAGAAUGGCCACCAUGGCUGGAAGGGGUAUGCCCCUGCCAUCUCCACCUACCUCAGCAGCCCCCGACACACCAAACUCUGUUCAGCAGCCUAAUACGCCCCAGACGCCUCAGCCCAUGCCCAACCAGCCCCAACAGCAUCAGCCACCAAACCCUGCCAAUAUUGCCCAAGUAUUUCCCAACAACGGCCGCAUCAGCCAGCCCCCAACACCAGUCCCACAGGGCAAACCAGGACCUCAGUCAUCGCCUCUGCAUCAGCAGCAGUCACCUCUGCCUAACAUGCCACACCAACAGCAGCCUCAGCCUCCGCCACCACAGCAGCAGCAGCAGCAGCAGCAGCAGCAGCAACCGCUGCUGGCAGCCCUGAAGGUGGCCAAACAGAUCGAGAUGGCAGCCAAGGCAAAGCAACAUCAGCAGCAGCAGCAGCAGCAGAAUUACGCCAUGAAUGGGAUGCCCAUGAACCACCCACGAAUGAUGGUGCCGAUGCAGGGCCAGAUGCAGGGCCAGAUGCAGAUGAUGCAGGGUCCACGGGGCCCUCAGGUGAUGCAGGCUAUGCAGCAGGGCCAGUGGGGUCCAGGAAUGCAGAAUCCCAUGCAGAAUCCCCAGGGUCAUCCGCCACAGGUCCCUCCUCAACAAGGCCCCAUGGCCCCUCAGCAGGCUCAGGGAACUCCCAUGCCCCAACAGGGCCAGCUCAUGCAGAGACCCAUAAUGCCUCAGCAACAGGGUCUCCAGAUGCCUGGGGUCAUGCCUCCCCAGGGGCCCUCACAGCAAGGCAUGACACCACAGCAGCAAAACAUGCCCCGGGGGAUGCCUGGAAACAUUGCUCCGAGUGCCCUACAGGACUUGCUGCGAACCCUCAAAUCUCCCAGCUCCCCCCAGCAGCAACAGCAGGUUCUCAACAUCCUCAAGUCUAACCCCCAACUCAUGGCCGCCUUCAUUAAACAGAGGACAGCGAAGUACCAGGCCAACCAGCCACAGCAGCAGAUGCAGCAGAACCCUCAGGCCAUGCUGGGGUCUCAGGCAGGAAUGCAGGCCAUGGCAGCCAUGGCAAACCAGGUGCAGAGGCCAGGUAUGGCACCCCAGCAGCAGCCUCCUCAGCAAGUAGGGCCCCAGAGCAUGGCACCUAUGGGCCCCCAAGGCCAGAUGAUGAAUGCUGCUCAAAAUGGCAAUCCCCAGCUGUACCGUAGACAACAGCUGCUCCGGAUGCAGCAGAUGCAGCAGCAGCAGCAGGCGCAGCAGCAGGCACAGCAGCAGCAGCAGCAGGGAGGAAUGCCUCAGAGCCAUAGUCAGUUCCCUCAGCAGCAGCCAGGGCCAGCCAGCUACUCCCAGCUUCGUAUGCAGCAGCAAAUGGCUAUGCAAGGAGGUGGGGGCCCCAUGGGCCAGCUCCCUCCCACAUCCCAAAUGGGCCAACCUGGCAUGGGCAUGGAUGGGACUCAGAAUCUCCUCCAGCAGCGCAUGCUUCAACAGCAGAUGUUGAAGCAGCAGAUGGGCUCUCCGGCGCAGGCCAACUCGAUGAGUCCUCAAUCACACAUGCUCCAAGGCCAAGCCCAGGGAGGAGCUCAUCUACCUGGCCAGGCAAUGGCAAACUCAUUAGGAAACCAAGUCCGCUCCCCAGCCCCCGUGCAGUCGCCCCGUCCACCUUCGCAGCAGCCCCCGCAUUCCAGUCCCUCCCCACGAAUACAGCCGCAGCCUUCGCCCCAGCACGGCGCCCUCCACUCCAGCUCUCCUCACCCCAGCCUCGGAGGCCCCAUGUCAGGCUCCAUGGACCAGGGACACAUGGGAACGCCGGAGCAGAGUGCCAUGCUGCCGCAGCUUAACACACCAAAUCGAGGGGGGUUAAGUAAUGACAUGGGUAUGGUGGGUGACACGACGGGAGACACGUUGGAGAAAUUUGUUGAAGGAUUGUAGCAUUUCAUGACAGAAGGCCUUGUUCUGUUUUCAGCUGAGAAAAUUUUGUACUUGCUGAUGUAAAAAGCGAAAAGAAAAACAAACUAAUGAGUCAUAUGAGGCCUACGGACUGUGAACUUUCCUGAAACCAAGGGACUGCUUUUUCUUCCAACACAGAGUGAUUUAAUAGUUGCUGUUGAAAAGAAGACAACAAAGACACAAAGAAUAUAUUUUUGGUUCCAGACCAGCCAUGCAAGAAUUUGCCCUGGUCUUUGUGUUGUUUUAAUUUGUUUUUCAUUUGUUAUGCUCUGGUAUUGACUUUUUUAACAAAACUUCUCAAAACAAAAAAUAUUUCAAUUUAUUAUUCUUUUUUUAUUUUGUACCUUUGCAAAUUAAUAUCGUAUUUGUGUUGAGAAGACUGUAAAAUUAUUUGCCUGGGGAAUUUUUUGCCAGGUUUCACCUCUUGCUCAGUUUCUCUUGUUCCUGGCUAAUUUAUUCUAAUAUGCCAUUUUUCAAAAGGACUGCCUUUGGGAAAGCCUUAAUUUCUUUCCUGUUUGCAGAGUCUAUGGGAGAUUAACGUAUUUGUAUAGAUCUAGGAACUAUUGCACACACCCAAACACAACAUGCAGGUGUAAGAAAAACUUGCAUUGAAGCUUGUAAUGUUCACAGGUGCCAGAAUGUUCAGUUUACUGGCCCGGGCCCAGUAUUUGUCUUGCAGAUGUUUAAAAAAAAUUGCUUUGUCUCUCCUUCAGUAUAAAGAAAUUCUCAUUAAGUACUGAACCUCUUUUGCCUGUGGUGGGAAAUUAAUUUGUUUGACUGCUGAUUUGUAUUCAGAGAGAGUUUUGUGCAUCAUGGUCUCUCUUGCAUUAAACUUGAAUUGAUGAACUGUUCUCUAAUGUAAAUCAUGCAGCUAGACAGUACUGUAAAUAUGCAGAAAAUAAGAAUGAAAUCACUGUACAAACUGGUUCAAAUGGCUCAUUUCGUACUUAUAUACCAUAUUGUUAAAUAAACCUGUGUGCCACAGA